AAUAAUAAAAAAUAAAAAACAUAUCAAAUGAAUAAUAAUUCAAGAAAUACGUUUCUCUUCACCUUCGUUGGAAAUAGCCUGGAAAAUAUCAUUGCACAGGUCAAUCUUCCCUCACCACUGUAGCUACAACAAAGCUAGGCUGCAAUAUCGCGAUAUCGUUCUAUAAUGACAAACAUGCACGUCCUUCGACAGAGAGUGAUUUUGUGGCCAUGACGUAACAUGCUGGACGCCCGGCAAUUGUCACUAAUAUUAAGUAGAACAAGUUAAUAUUUGAAGAAGCAAUUUGCUAAAGGACAAAUUAGAAAAAGUUCAAUUAAUUAAGCUUUUAAGAAUCAACUUAAUUAUAUCGUUUUCUUACUAAAAUUUACGAAUUUGCUUGUUUGCUUCUCAUUUUUUGAAGCAUUUUUAUCGCGAAACAAUAAUUUUUAGAGUGUUUUAUGAACUUACUUUUUAAAAACCAUUUUUCUUUAAACUUUACCUAACCUCCAGCCAGAAAAGACUGCUGUUGCAAAAUGUUAAAAAAUAUUAACAAGCUGAUGACAUAUCUCAGUAGUAGGUCUAUCAGUUCCCUUAAUUUUAGUUUGACUAAUCAGACGAUCAUGUUCCAACCGUUUAUAUUACUAAAUACAACAUAGAUCUGUUUUGUUAAUAAAACGGUAAUUUCGUGAGCUUGCUUGCCGUUUUUCUCUUGAUCUGUGAAUGACGAAAGGCAGGUGAAAUAAUGUUAUGUUUUUCAAAGGAAAUCCAAGAAAAUCAUUUUUGCCUAAAAUUUCCCACGGCAUUUGACAGCACAGGGCGCUGUAAACGAAAGCAUGAGAAAGUGACCACAGGACCGCUUACACGCCUCCUAUCACGUCUGCCUUUCGACAAACUGCCGUCUGUACACAAAUAAAGUUUUCCUUUAGGUAUGUUUUGAUUAAAGUCUACGAAGAAAUCAGUUUGAUGGAAUUGCCGUGGCCAUUGGCGUCGAACUCGUACGUCGACUUGCCUUUUGGUCCAUAUAAAAACACCUUAAUUUGUGCUAUGUCGGUACAGUUUAAUGCUCAAAAGGGCGAUCCAACCCCCUCCCCCAGCCCCCGCCUUAUUGUGGUUGAAAGCACACAUUUCUACCUAUUUCUCUACCAGUCGGUUAAUACAAUCACUGAAAAGACGACUUAGUGACCAAUUAGCCCAACAACAGAAUCUAUGGCAUGUAGAUAUAGGUGCUUGUUGAAAUCUUUGACGUGCCCUUCAACGAUAUCAGCUCAAUAUUAAUUACAUCCGGUUGUCUUUGAUAUUUUACAACUUUUGUCCGACCCCAAGGAGAUGGAAAGAUGCCGUCACGUUCAUUUAUAGCAAUGUUUGUCCAUUCGCCCCGCGUAUUUGGACUGCUAUUUAUUGGUUUAGGUUCAGUUCAAAGAAUUUUGGUAGCAGAUCAAGACACUUUUUCUUAGCUAUAACUUUAAUUUAUUCUUUAUCAGCCGCGGUGCAUCUUACGAUGCAUCAAUAAUGGAUGGGAGAGAAAUAAUCAAUAAAAUAGAGAGAAAUAAUCAAUGGAAAAAAAAAUCAAAAUGAGUUUAUUUAUUUAUGUUUUUUCCAUAUUUUGCUGGUUGCCACACAAAAGAAUUUGACAAAAAUGUAAGAAAAAAACUUUAACUGAAGUGACAAGGAGAAUUAAAAGAAACGAGAAAGCUUAUAGGUGUUUGGACCUCCUCACAUUUGACAUAUCAUUUGUGUGCCUUUGUUGUGAGGAUACAGUGAAAGGAAGAAGCUUUUAACAUUAUGGAACUCAGCAAGUAUUAUGAUAAUAGAUCAAUAAUGAUAAUGAUAUAAUUAACGCCACGCACAAGUAGCGCUGAUACUAUCACUUAACUUAAAUCACCUUUUUUGAAUUACAAGUGAUUAUGGUAAGCUUCUUCAAACACUGGAAGAGAUAUGUCGCAGAUGUAUCGAAGAUCCAGGAUUACAAGAAUUACCUGAGGCGCCUUACCUCUCCGAUGAUUAAAACUGUUCCUUUUAAAGUAAACUUUACUCGCACUUUAUUGGUUGAAUUUUAGAAGCAGAUAUUAGCUAAGCUGAUAGGUUUUUAUUUUUUCUUCAAUGCAUCAACAAGUUAAGGGUUGCAUGUCCUCUAACAACAGUCGUUGAACUGAACAUAAAUUGAUUGAAGUCGUUAGAAAAGCCGAUUCAGUGACUUCCACUUUAAAAGAAAUUUUAAUCUUUUUGGAGCAGACCUGAGUUUCUAAACAGAUCUGUUUUCCUUGUCGUUCGUCCCCGUUUGAUCCUACUACACGUGAUGUCACUAUUCACAUACUCUGAACCGGCGCAGAUCGGUCUUCGGGUGGCCUUUUCGCUAAUUGUUACAGUAAACCUCGUUGGCAACUCGAUAGUCUGCUUAAUUGUUCUACGUAACAGGUCUAUGAGGAACGCCAUGAACUAUUUGCUUGUUAGCCUUGCCUGCGCUGACAUGAUGGUCGCCAUCUUCAUAGCUCCUCAAUACAUAUUCCUACACACGUAUAAGCAUCCACGAGGCCUCACUGGUGACUACCUGUGUAAGUUCCUAACUGGAGGGAACCUAGUGUGGACAGGAGGCGUGGUGUCUGUCGUGUCACUCAUCGCUAUUGCAUUUGAAAGAUAUUUUGCUGUACUUUAUCCGUACGAUGAAAAGCGACGCAUUUCCAAAGCGAAACUCAAAUGGAUCAUUCCAGCUUGUUGGAUGUUUGCGGUUAUCUGGAAUCUUCCCUUGUUUGUGCUGGUGAAGUAUGAUCAGGCUAUAGAUUUUUGCUACGAGGAUUGGUCAGCGGGCUGGUAUAUGAAUGCUUACAGCUUGGGAUGGCUUAUUGUGUUUGGUAUCAUCACGCUAAGUAUCAUGGUCUUUCUGUACACACGAGUGGUCAUUAAACUGUGGGUGAAGACAUCACAGCCCGUGGAACUCACGCAACACGCCGUGAUCAAGUCACGCAAGCGGGUCACGAAAAUGGCACUCAUAGUGACAAUUGUGUGCGGGAUUUGUUGGCUUCCAAACCUGAUUGUCUAUGUGUUGGACUUCUACGGAUUGAACUCCCACGGUGGAGUAGUACAUACAACAACGGUAGUCCUGGUGACUUUAAAUUCGUCCGUGAAUCCGAUUAUUUACUGUUUCCAGAGCAAGCGUUUCAGAAGUUGUGUCAAGUCGCUGCUCUUUUCUCCUUGUUCACUGCGACGAACGGCAACGGUAGAACCCAGAAAUACCCUGACAAACAAUGCCGGGAAUAGAGAGUGUCCUGGUAACAGGUUGCAACUCACACCUGAUGCUACGUUGAAGUCUGAUCAAUACCAAUCAGUCUAGAACGAGAAGAAACACAUGCCACUUUCUCAAAGUGUUUCUGAUUGUCAGUAUAGCCGGAUCAUCGUGUGAUCAUUGGGCGGAUGGGAACUUUUUUGUUUGUGAAACACCUUCCUUCAGGACAGGAUGAAUGUCGAAGACUUGUCGUAAUUGGCUUUUAUCAUUUAAUUCAAUUUUACCAAUCAACCAUAGACGGGACUUCACUACGUCGCCUCAUUGUAACAAUGACUUCAUAUUGAAGCUACCAUAUUCUGUUAAGACAUGCAAAAAAAAAAAAAAA